AUGGCUCAAGGCGGGCAUGGUGGGCAGGUCUCGCUGCAGCGUAUCGACUCGUCACGAUUGACCCAUGGCGGCGAUCCCCCGGAAGCUAAGGUUGCUUUGGGAAAGUCCCUCGAUCAAGUGUGGGGAUCCACGAGACCGAGACGUCGAAACUCCAAAAAAGACACGCCAUCAACGACGUACUCGACCGGCCAGUUCAUCGUUCCUGUAUGA